UGAAUGACGUCAAUGUUGUAAAGGGGCGGAACGUACCCGUAUGUACUCUCCGCUCUCCGUCCGGUAAACGGUGGAAACAUGUCUGGAAGGAGGGAGCCCGGCGGAGGAACUGCGCUUGCGAACCGCACACUUACCUAAACGGCGGCGCGGGCGGUGGCGUUUUUAUGCGGGGUUAGCGCACCGGCGUGGACUGGUUCGCGAAAGAGCUGCCAUUCGCGGGCGCAUGGGCCGAUAAAGACCCGAAACCAGCGGCUUUAUCUGAAGAAGCAGAGCAGCCUCGGAGGGAGGCGGGCGACCGAGCCAGGUGGACAGGGGGGGAUCGCGUCUGCAGGCUCGCACCGGAGCACCGGACGGGGCUGCUGCUUGCCCGGGAUGUUAUCCGUGUUGUCGUAUGGCAGACUGGUAGCCAGGGCUGUCCUGGGCGGACUCUCUCAGACGGACAGCCGGGACUACAGCCUCAUCACCGCCAGCUAUGGCUUCGGUAAAGACUUUAGGAAGGGGAUCCUGAAGAAGGGGAUGUGCUACGGGGAUGAUGCCUGCUUCAUCGCGCGGCACAGGUCCGCCGACGUCCUGGGUGUAGCAGAUGGUGUAGGUGGUUGGCGCGACUAUGGCGUCGACCCGUCGCAGUUCUCCGCUACCCUGAUGAAAACGUGUGAGCGACUGGUGAAGGAGGGCCGCUUCACUCCCAGCAAUCCAGUGGGUAUCUUGACCUCGGGCUACUACGAGCUGCUGCAGAACAAAGUGCCCCUUCUGGGUAGCAGUACAGCCUGUAUUGUGGUUCUGGAUCGACAGGGCCACAGGCUACACACAUGUAACCUCGGGGACUCAGGAUUUCUAGUGGUUCGGAGAGGAGAGGUUGUUCAUCGCUCGGACGAGCAACAGCACUAUUUUAACACGCCCUUCCAGCUGUCUAUUGCUCCUCCGGGAGCCGAGGGGGUGGUGCUCAGUGACAGUCCUGAAGCAGCUGACAGCUCCUCCUUCGAUGUGCAGCUCGGAGACAUCAUCCUGACGGCUACUGAUGGCCUUUUUGACAACAUGCCAGACUACAUGAUUCUUCAGGAGCUCAAAAAACUCAAGACUACCAACUAUGAGAGCAUCAUGCAGACUGCACAGAGCAUUGCAAAACAAGCUCAUGAUCUUGCGUAUGACCCCAACUAUAUGUCUCCUUUUGCACAGUUUGCCUGUGACAAUGGGCUGAAUGUACGGGGAGGGAAGCCAGACGACAUCACGGUUCUCCUGUCAAUUGUGGCUGAAUAUACAGACUAAAAGUGUGUGAGUGUGUGCAAGUGUGUAUGUAUGUUUUUUUUCUUGGGGCUUCUUCUUCCUCCUUUACAUCUACCAGAGACUUCUAUCUGCAGCCCUUCCAAAAUGCACUGCGUCGUGUGGCCUGACCGGGAGGCCCACCAACACCACACACUCCUCACUGCAGGGCUGAGGUUUUAAUUUUUUUCCUCUGUUUUGUUUUGGUGCUUGAACUGGUCGAGGGGAACACAGGCAGCUAAGACACUUUCGUGUUGAUCAUGAUGCAGAAAAAACAGAGUACAAUAAAUUGUGGGUUUUUCUCAGUCUCCCAUGUCUGGCUGUGUGGCUUGAGGACAAUUGUGUGUAACUGAGGGCGUAACUGAGGGCUUUAAAAUCUGCUCGUCUGUGUUCAUAAACAGUGAAUUUAUAAAAGGAAUAAGCCAUGGCUUUGGGUUGCUUAUUACAGCAGUAAAUGUGUCUGAACAAAGCAUAUAGUUGGGCUGAGGAAGCUGAUGCUGGGAAUGAGCAGGUGUCACUGGAAGCACUGGGGUUUGGGAAAGCAGACGAUGGACAAGCUGUAACUAGCUCAUUUGCUUCCUUAAGAGUAAAUGUAGACAAACAGCAGCACGUUGGCGCUUGCGUGUGAGCGUGAGCCAGGUUUUGCCUCUCGGCUUGGGAUCUGUCUGUGCGCACAUCCUGAUAAGUUGUAAAUAUUUUGUUUUUAGGGUUGUUUAAACAGAGCUAUUUUGUUAUUGUUGUGAACGAUGUACACGUAUUCAUAAAUAUUUUAAUUUUGAUGUAUAGAUGUUAAUCUUGAAGUGAGCUUUAUCGAUCCCACACUUCCACCAGGAGGAUCUUUGCUGCGACGGACUUGUGAGAAGGACGAUCAAAAUGUGUGGUCAGGAGCGUGUGUCGCGUUUAAUAUUAUUCUCAUGUUAUUUCAUAAAGCUGAAGCUAGCAACUGGGAGAGCUUACAAUCACAUUCAUAGGUCAGGCGUGGGAGUAUGUGAUUCUUUUUAAACAUUCAGUUUUCAGUGUGUGCUGACCUGUAAUAUGUGGGACAGAUGGCGAAGACCAGAUAUCUUAACAGGAAGGAUUUGUGGUGUGGAAAUGAGUGUGUAAGUGUCUUUUAUUUGUUUUUACCUCCUUACUUCCCAUUGUUUGCUGCUGUUUAUCUUUGUAAUUCAGAUUUCUACAUACUGUAUGACUCGACAUGAAUUAUAUGAACACGAUUGUUUUGUGUGUGUGUGUUUGUGCGUGUGUGUGCUGAACUCCAUCAAAUUUACAUCAAUCAGAGACACUGAUAAUACUGUUCUUCUAGUGAUUGUGUGUAGGGACACUACAGGUCACACGCAUUGUUCAGACAGUGUCUUUACAGUUCAAAAGCAGAUGCACCAAAGACUAAUUUUCUUGUUGUUGGAAACAUCUUACAGCAAUACUGUUCAUUCUUUGUGCUCUGGAGCUUGUGUGACAGGAUGGAAAUGAUCAGAGAUGAGAGCUUCUUAAAUGUCUUGCCUAUGUCUGUUGUCACACUGUUGGUUUACGUUCUACAGUAGGUGACUGGGUACCAGGUACACAGUAUGACAAAGGUUUGUAAAACCAAAGAUGGAAAGCCAUAUAUGAAUACAUGAUUGAGGCACUGCUCUGUAAAGAUGACAUUGUGUUUGUGGAGACCAAUAUUGUCACUGUGUUUUUGUUUUUAUAGUCAUGGUUAAACUAUACAUUUGAAUCUACUGGUCCCUGCACAUGUCUCGCAGUAGAAAGCAUGAUUCUGCAAGAAAUUCAUAUACGUGAGGGAGCAGUCGUAUGACGAAUGACUGCUGUUUCAUGUCUGUUUUAUUGCCUCACACAUAAUGGCUACAGUUAAUUUAAAUGGCAUCUGGCAGCAUUUCACAUGGUUGUAGUCUGUUUUUUCCUUUUGAAUGGUUUAUGUAAAAUGUUCUUGGCUUGCAUUUACACCAAGGCCGUCAUGUAUUUUUAAAAUGGAAACGUACCCUAGAAUAUGCAGAAGAAAGAUGGGUAACGGUGCUGUGAGCGAGGGCACAGUUUCAGCCUUAACAAGACCUGUAAUCCAGAGGCCUUCCCUGUCACUGCAAGCUCGUCUUGUUGCCCGGUGUUGGACACAAAUGAGGUCUGCCCCAUCCUUCUGUCCUGUAAAGCUGUUCUUAAAGGUGCUUCUGCUGUCUGAAUGGUAUGAUUGUCCUCCUUCCAGUAAGCGGUGUGAGUGUGUGUGUCUACAGUAUAACAAUGCAGGUCUAAUUUAUGUAAAUAUGUUUCAAAUAUGUACAAUAUCUAAAUAAAGACUCUAGUAUUUAUACUAAA